ACUAUUUUCCAUAAAAGUUCACACAACUAAAGUCAACGCGAGCAUAAGAGUAGUUUAAAUUAUAAUUUAUAAUGAUGUAUUAUCAUACUUAUAUAAAUCUGCGUCGGCUUUCUUUACCAAUACAGGGUGUAAACAAACCCCGGUUCCGUACAUGGUUCGCUUCGUAUGUGUACCACAUGACAUUAUAAAUACCUUACUUUCCUACAUGCGUGCACUUUCUUUUCUCACUUCAUCAAGAUAGGUCUAGUCUUAUUUAUGUUAACUUAUAUUAAGAAAAUGUUUUAUUUACGUUGUAUAUUGAUAUAUAUUUGCAUUCAACAUGCAAUAGCUGGUGAUCCGAGAAAAAGGGAAGUGGAAGCAUUACAUCAGCACUCAUAUGUACCUACCCAUCACACAGUAUCAGAAUAUUAUCACAGAGUUCCGAUUCCGGUACCUCAACCGAUACCGUUUACAGUUCCCCGGCCGGUCCCAUAUACGGUCCAUGUCGGCGUACCGGUGGACCAUCCAAGGCCGGUACCAGUGGCGGUACCACAUCCAGUUGCUCACAUAAUUCCCCGACCAAUCGCAGUACCGAUUGAUCGACCGUUCCCCUAUCCGGUUGCACAUCCAGUACCGGUAACCGUAACUCAAGGUGUGGGUAUUCCCGUGCCGCAGCCAUUUCCAGUCUCUGUCCCAGCGCCUGUACCGGUAAGAAUACCGCACCCUGUUCCGGUACCAGUUGGGGCGAUUGAAUCACAACCAAUAGUGGUAUCACAGCCUGCUGUGACAUCACAAGCUGCCGUAUCACAGGCCGUUAUUGAAUCUCAUGGACACAGUAUUGAACAUCAAUAUUAGUAAUAGAAAAUUAUGUAUACGUGGGAUAGCUUUAAUUGUGGUAAUAGAAUAAAAAAGAAAAGAAUAUUCGACAAAACAAACAAUAGCCAUAAAAUUGUAAUGCUAUUGUUGAAACGUUAUUCUUAUCUGAGAUCAAUAAAGUGGAUGACGUGAUAUUUUAUGCUUGUCAAAUUUAGUACCUAUUAGGUAUUUAUAGUUCAAGAGUGUUUAUUGUAUUUAUACAUAUCUAGUGUAAUUUGUUGACGUUGGAUAUGUAUUUUAAAAUUUUGUAUAUUAUAUAAUUAUAAAAUCGAAUUUGUUGAAUUGAUCCAUCAAUGUGUAUGUAAAGACUCAUGUCAAGUUUACAAAGACACUUCAACUUAGAAACUUAAGUGUUAUUAUUUUUAAUAUUAUUUUUUUUAACAAUUAAUUAAUUAAAAAAUACACAACGUUUAAAAAAUAUUGUAAUGUGUAAAAAAUAACUUAAUUGUAUAUAAAAUUUAUUAAGUCGUUAACAUCUAGAAUGAAAACAAGAGAUUGUAUGAUUGGGAAGAGAGAAAUGUACUCAUAUUAUUAUUUGUGUACUUAAAAGAUAAUUGAA